AUGGGGAAAGGUUCCAAGUGGAGUGCCGGCGAAGACGGCCAACUCGCUCGCUCGUGGGUGUGCACGUCAGAAGACCCUGUGAAAGGGGCUGAUCAGUCCACUGAAUCGUUCUGGGCCAGCAUACGCGCACACUGGACCGCAGCAUGCGGAGGAGAUGGGCGCACGCCGCAGGCAUUGAAGAACCGUUGGGCAAUUUUGAACAGGUCUGCGCAAAAGUUUGCUGGAUACGUUGCCCAAGUCAAGGCGCGGCGUGAGAGCGGCAAGACCGACGAAGACAUGUUGGACGAUGCCCGAGUGCUGCACCUAUCGUUGGAGCGUGAGGUCUUUCAGCACGAAGAAGUUUGGCGCACGUUGAACUCCUGCCCAAAGUGGCAACAAGUUUCACCUACAAAGGCAGCAAAGCCAUCUUCGCAGCCCGGCCAAGAAGUGGCGCAGGCUUAUGACGCGCCUUCCGCACGUCCUGUUGGCUGCAAGCAAGCCAAGCGCAAAGCAAGCGAGGUGUCAGCGACGGACAUCAAACUGCAAGACCUUGUGCAAACGCAGAACGAAAAGAACAGGCUUUUUGCCGACUACAUGCUGCUCCAAAUGUUGCAAAAGUCAACCUCCCCACAGGACGAAGCCAUGCUUUCUCAAAUGAAGGACGACUACCUUGCAAAGCGAAGUCGUAGUGCAAAGGCAUGUGAAGAUGAAGAGGUUGUCUGAUGUAAUCUCAUAAAUACAUGUUGC